AGGCGAGGCGGGACGGUGGCCCUCCGGCUUAGAAGAAGGGGCGGAGCUAAAGCGUGACGGCCUGAGGGGCGGGGACAGGAGGGCACCGCAGCAGUCUGGGCCACACAAAAUGGCGGAGGGCGACAAUAGGAGCACCAACCAGCUGGCUGCAGAGACAGCUGGAUUGGAAGAGCAGUUGCAAGGAUGGGGUGAAGUGAUUCUGGUGACGGACAAAAUCCUUCGCUGGGAAAAACCAUGGUUUCCACCCGCUAUGAUCGCUGUCGUUUCCUUCAUUUUUCUGAUGAUCUACUACUUGGACCCAUCUGUUCUUUCAGGUGUUUCUUGUUUCGUCAUGUUGCUUUGUUUGGCUGACUACCUUGUACCUGCUCUUGCUCCUAGAAUUUUUGGCUCCAGUAAAUGGACUACUGAACAACAGCAACGAUUCCAUGAAAUAUGUAGCAACCUGGUAAAAACACGACGCAGGAUUGUUGGCUGGUGGAAACGCCUCUUCACAUUUAAGGAGGAAAAGCCUAAAAUGUACUUCACAACAAUGCUGUGUUCAUUAUCUGUGAUUGCUUGGAUAGGACAGCAAGUUCAUAACCUCUUUCUCACCUAUCUUAUUGUGAGCUGCUUCUUGUUGUUUCCUGGGUUAAACAAACAUGGAAUAAUUUCAAAAUACGCUGGAAUGGCAAAAAGGGAGGUCAACAAACUCCUCAAGCAAAAAGAGAAGAAAAACGAAUGAAGCUUUGCUUGCUAUUUCACUCCAUAGUAUAAUUUGUGUUCUGGGAACAAUUCAAUGAAUUAUUGUAUGUUUAAUAGUAUAGCAGUGCUUAAUUUCAGUCAUUGCCUUUUAACUUUAAAUGCCCCCCUUCUGCUGUUUAAAUAGGAACUGUGUGGUCCCUCAAUCACACACUAAUACAGUCUGCUAACAGGGACAGUCAAUCUUAAGUGUGACUAGCAACCUCAUAGUGAUAAGGCUGUUGAUCAGUAAUAAUUGGUAGUGGUAAACUGAUUAUAUUUGUGUGAAAAUGUUCUUUGUUACUAUUUCUGGUGGAAAGACACCAGCUAAAAUCCUCCUGUUAAGCAUUUUGAGGCUCACUGGACUGUCUAGAUCUGCUUCAUGAUAUCCUCAUAAUUAAACUGUUAAACUUCUUAUGAAGUUGUGACAGCAGGUGAUUUGAAUAAACAGGGCUCGUAAAUUCUUGCAUCCACGUUGUCACUAGCUCUGUAGUACAACUUACUGCACUGAAACUAUGGAAUACUCAAGUUAGGAUGCACAGACAGUCAACUUCCUUGUUUCUAUUAUUUAAAAUGCUGUAGUUUGGGUGUUGUGCAAAUGUGUCUUUAGUUUUUUAAAUAUGGUCUGUAUACAAAAUCAUGAUGAAAUUACUUGAUGCAUCUGUCUCGUCAACAAGUCCGUCUCUGGAGUAAUUUGUGUUUUCUUAAUGCUAUUUUGUUUUUACUACUAAGCGUUUCAUAAGUAAAAAAGUUGUAAGCCUGUUAAAAAAAAUAGGUAUCUUAAAUUUGUGUUUAAAAGACACAUUUCUGUCUUAAUUGCAAAUGGAUGAACAGUGUUAUUGUUGGUUUGAAAAUAUAGACUUGAGAAACCUU